GUAAUAUAUUAUAAAAUGACACUAGGUCUUAUCUGGACUAUCAUUCUUCGUUUUGCUAUUCAAGAUAUAUCGGUUGAAGGUAAGCUUGUAAUGUAUUAUAAAAUGACACUAGGUCUUAUCUGGACUAUCAUUCUUCGUUUUGCUAUUCAAGAUAUAUCAGUUGAAGGUAAGCUUGUAAUAUAUUAUAAAAUGACACUAGGUCUUAUCUGGACUAUCAUUCUUCGUUUUGCUAUUCAAGAUAUAUCGGUUGAAGAAAUGACAGCAAAAGAAGGUUUACUGUUAUGGUGCCAGAGAAAAACAGCUCCUUAUAGAAAUGUAAAUGUUCAGAAUUUCCACUUGAGCUGGAAGGAUGGGCUAGCCUUUUGUGCUCUGAUUCAUCGACAUAGACCAGAUUUAUUAGACUACAGCAAACUAUCCAAAGAUAACCCUGUUGAAAACCUGAACCUCGCUUUCGAUGUUGCAGAAAAACACUUGAACAUUCCAAAAAUGUUAGAUGCAGAAGAUCUCAACACCACUGCUAUGCCAGAUGAAAGAGCAGUCAUGACAUAUGUUUCUUCAUAUUAUCAUACUUUCUCUGGAGCUCAGCAAGCAGAGACAGCAUCAAAUCGUAUCUGUAAAGUGUUGAAAGUGAACCAAGAAAAUGAGAGGUUAAUGGACGAAUAUGAGAGAUUAGUCAGUGAUUUGCUGGAAUGGAUUCAAAAAACGACUCCUUGGCUUGAAAACAGAACAACGGACAACACUUUAAGUGGUGUUCAAGACAACUUAGAAGAGUUUCGAAAGUACAGGAGGGUGGUCAAGCCUCCUAGAGUAGAACAGAAAGCCAAACUGGAGACAAACUUCAACACGCUUCAGACUAAACUAAGACUAAGUAACCGGCCAGCAUAUCUUCCUAGUGAAGGCAAGAUGGUGUCUGACAUUGCCAGUGCAUGGAAAAUACUAGAAACAGCUGAGAAAGGAUUUGAAGAAUGGCUUUUGUCUGAGAUGUUGAGACUGCAACGACUGGAUCAUCUGGCCCAAAAAUUUCAACACAAGGCUGACAACCAUGAAGAGUGGACACGAGGAAAGGAGGAAAUGCUAGAAAGUCAAGAUUUUCGAAACUGUCGACUGAAUGAAGUCAAAGCUUUGAAAAAGAAACAUGAAGCUUUCGAAAGUGAUCUAGCUGCUCACCAAGAUAGAGUGGAACAAAUAGCAGCUAUUGCUCAGGAGCUAAAUGCUUUGGAUUACCAUGAUUUACCUACCAUUAACAACCGAUGUCAACAAAUAUGUGAUCAGUGGAACCGCCUAGGAACCUUGACUCAAAAACGACAUUUUGACCUUGAGGAAGCAGAAACAGUUCUGGAGAAAAUAGAUCAACUACACCUUGAAUUUGCCAAAAGAGCAGCUCCCUUCAACAAUUGGUUAGAUGGUGCACGAGAAGAUUUGGUCGAUAUGUUCAUUGUUCACACGAUGGACGAGAUCCAGGGCUUGUUAGAUGCCCACAGACAAUUCAAGCAGACACUUGGGGAUGCAGACAAAGAAUUCCAAGCUUUAGUAGAAUUGACGAAAGAAGUAGAAAACACAGCUAACAAGAACCAGGUUCCCGGUGGUGUUGAUAAUCCAUACACUGCACUAACUGCUACUGACUUAAUACAGAAAUGGUCUGAAGUAAAAGAACUUGUGCCACAGCGAGAUCAAGUCCUCGAAACUGAGUUGUUGCGUCAGCAGUCCAAUGAAAGGCUACGAUGCAAAUUUGCAGAAGGAGCAAAUGUGGUGGGACCGUGGAUUGAAAGUCAGAUGGAUAUUGUAGCAGCACUGGGAAUGGGAAUGCAAGGUACACUGGAGGAUCAGCUUGGAAAGCUCAAUGAACUCGAGCAAGGGGCUAUACAGUAUCAGCCACAUAUGGAUGAACUGGAGAAAUGCCACCAGGACGUUCAAGAAGCCAUGAUUUUUGAAAACAGUUACACUCAGUAUUCGAUGGAGACAUUGCGUGUUGGUUGGGAGCAACUAUUAACUUCCAUUCACCGAAACAUCAAUGAAGUGGAGAAUCAGAUUUUGAUGCGUGACUCAAAAGGAAUUACCCAGGAACAGCUGACUGAGUGUAGGAGUUCCUUUAAUCAUUUUGACAAAAAUAAGUCUGGACAUCUCCAACCAGAGGAAUUCAAGUCUUGUCUUGUCAGUCUAGGGUUUAAUAUAAGGAAUGAUAAACAGGGAGAUGCUGAAUUCAAGAGGAUUCUAAGUAGCGUGGAUCCAAACAACACAGGUUACGUUCUGUUUGAUGCCUUCCUUGACUUCAUGACUAGAGAGAAAACUGACACAGAUACGGCUGAGCAGAUAAUUGAUUCCUUCAGAAUCUUGUCUGGAGACAAGCCAUAUAUAACAGCAGAUGUACUUCGCAGAGAGCUUCCUCCAGACCAAGCUGAGUACUGUAUUCAAAGGAUGGUACCCUACAGUGGGUCAGAGGCAGAACCCGGAGCUCUUGACUACAUGUCUUUCUCCACUGCCCUCUAUGGAGAGAGUGACCUCUAGUCUGUGACCUAUCAUUGGUUAUCCUUAGAACAUGUUCAAAUAACAGGAUGUGCCUUUUAUCCUUCAAAACUAAUGGAUGAAACCAUGAGAACAUAGCACCUCGUUAGAUUGUACAAGUAGGCUUAAGUGAUACUUGUGCUACUUUAACAUACUUUAAAAUGGUGUAUGUUCUUGUAGUUUAUUAAUUUCAGAAGUCUUUCUAAAUUGUCUUUUUAUCCUAAUCAUUGACAUAUAGUUUCUUGCACAAAAUAUGUUCUAUUGAUUAUUUGCUUCUACCUUGAUAUUUCAUUUGUUUGAUUUGUCACAAGCUCUAUCACUAUUUGUCAGUAUAUAUAUAUAUAAAUCUAAAACUUUUUCUGGUGAUUCUUGUAUUAAAUGUUGGUAUUAAUCUACAAUUGUCAUUCUACUUUAUACAAAAUGUUUUUAACAGAUUGUGAAAGAGCCAAAGAUGCCUCAGGCUAAUGAAGUCAACUAAUAUGAAAAAGUUUUAAUGUAAUUUUUUUGUAUAACUUUACUACAGUUACAGUUUUCAGAUGAAGAAGAUUCAAUAAAGGGCACUAGCUCAGAAAUAAAAGUAUUUGUGUAAAGAUUAUUAUUACAUUUAUUAUUAGAUCCACUCUGUUAGAGUGAAACUCUACAGGUUAACUAACAUUACUGUAGAAUGACAAUAUUAAGAAGAUCACCAUAGGUGUUGAGUGCAUGCCCCACCCCCUAGAGAAAGAAAAUUCAGCUCAUAUAAUCAUCACUAAUUUGAUGCUAUUUUUAGCUGUUUUUUAAUGAUUUGUAUAUGCCUUUCUUGUGAGUAGUUAUUUUGUAGAACAAAAAUAAUGUAAAAGAUAUAGUGAAUAUUUAUGAUUCUAAGAUGCAUAAUCAUUAUGUUUAUAUUGCUGCAAGGCUUUAUUAACAGUGUACAGACAUUUUGUAUAUUAUUAAGCAAAAAAAAUUGGUUAGGCCUGGUCUGUUCUUGUUUGUUUAAUUGUUAUUGGUUUAAGCCAAUCAAGUCCAAGAACAGAGAAAGCCUUAAAUUUCUUUUUUUGCUAAAAAUACAAAAUUGGUUGAUAUGAAGAAAGUAUAUUUCAAGUAUUAUGGUCAUUGAAGAAUAUCAAAUAAUAAUUACGUCGUGUCAUUACAUUACUUGUUCUUCAAGUACUGAUAUUAGUAUAGGACUUUACAAACACUGUACUUACUCAAACUCUUUACACUCCUGUAAGCGAUGACCAAAUAACUUACACAGUAUUUAAGGACCUUAUAAGGGAAUAUAAACUGUUAAAAAUAUACGAUAUACCUUAAGAGUUCCCAGCAAAAAAAACAACUAAAGUUCAGAUGCAUUCAAUAUAGAUUUAUAUGAUUGCCAGCACUUUUUUUUCCUCAAAAGUCUUAAUUAAUCCAUUGCUGAAACCUUUUGUAAUGAUAUUGUAAAAUUAGUAAAUGGUGAACAAACAAAAAAUGUUAAAAUGUAAUAGAAGAAAGGAAAUUUAAUACGAUUUUUUACUAAAUUGUAAAAUAAAUGUUUCAGAAACAUUUCAACUCAUACACGUUAACAACAAUCUAUGAUAUUUUUAAAUAUUAAUUUUGUAGUCAUUUUUUCUAUUAUUUGUUUAAGCAAACUUAUAAUUUAUAAAUAAGUAGUACAAGGAAAGUGAUUAGGCUACUUUGUCGUGUUUAGUGUAUUUUUUUGGAAAUUCUCCAGGGUUUUCAACAUUUGUGGAACUUGUAGCAUUAAGUGUUUCACAGUUUUUUAAUAACUUUUAACUGUGGAUUUUGUUUCCUGUUAAUUGGUUAGGUAUAGUAGUUAUGACAAGUUUUGGGUUUUGCUGCUAGAAAUAUACAAGUUCAAAAGUUGAAACUCGUACACUUGAUAAUCCUGUUAUAGCUACAGAAAUUUAAUUUGAGUACAUUUUAAGAUAAUUUUGAUAAACUCUCUCUGGUGUUGUUGUCAAUGAUGGUGGUGGUAUGAUUUGAUACUGAGAAAAUGGUGUCUUGAAAUUCUUUACAUUUUUAUGUAAUUAUAUCUGAUGUAUGUAAUGUCUUUGUUUAAUCCUGACUAAAGGUCUAUGUUACUGUGAAAAUAAAUAAAUUAAAACCACUUA